AGAAUAAGAAUUUAAUAAAUGAGAAUAGCUAAUAAUUUCCUCGUAGUAGCAUUUUUCUUCUUGGCUUUGGCUUUCUCAUUUGCCACUGCCUAUGACCCUGCACCUCUCCAGGACUUCUGUGUAGCAAUAAAUGACACAAAGUUUGGUGUCUUCGUGAAUGGAAAAUUUUGCAAGGAUCCAACCAAGGUCACAGCAAAUGAUUUCUUCUUCUCAGGGAUUAAUGUUCCUAGAGACACCUCAAAUCAACUAGGAGUAAAUGUCACCCUUUUAAAUGUUGAUAUGAUAGCAGGACUUAACACUAAUGGAUUAUCGUUAGCUCGUAUUGACUAUGCAGCAAAUGGUGGUCUAAACCCUCCCCACCACCACCCUCGAGCGGCGGAGAUUCUCACAGUCCUGGAGGGGACUCUUUAUGCUGGUUUUGUGACAGCCAACCCAGAUCAUCUCCUAUUCAGCAAAAUUCUACAAGCUGGAGAUGUUUUUGUUUUUCCAUUUGGACUAAUUCACUUCCAGUUGAACAUAGGUAAAACCCCUGCUGUUGCUAUAGCAGCAUUGGGCAGCCAAAAUCCUGGAGUAAUUACUGAAGGAAAUGCACUAUUUGGAUCCAAACCAUCUAUUAAUCCUGAUGUUCUCACCAAGGCAUUCCAUCUUAACAAAGGUUUGGUGGUCAAUCUUCAAAAACAAAAUUGGGUUAAUCCAACUUAACAAUAUAUAUAGUCUUGUUUGACAUUGUUAUUGAUGAUGAAUUUCCUCGUUUUGAUAAUUUUCUCAUGGGUUUGUAACAUACUAAUAAGGAGGAUGCUUUCUGUGCUUCUCUCCAUUUAUAUGUUGUUCUUUCUGAUAAUCCCA